AUGCCCAGCGCAUUCGGUGAUGAAGACUUGCCCGCAUCUUGUAAAUUUGUUUGUCAGAAAGGCAAGGUGAUUCUCUGUUUAUAUUCAUUUAAAAAAAUCAUAUUCGAGUUGAUGGUUUCUUUGAAUUUAUUUCAAAAGACACCCUUCCUACAAAUUCCAUGCAAGAUCUGUAUUCGAUCGAACAUAACUAGGUUAUAGCGUAAACAUACAAUAACGUGAGCAAAGAUGGCCUCUCAGAUUUCGCGUCAUUUUUCUGUCGUAAGCAAGUUCAUCCAUUGCGACUUUUAUUUACGAGUGAGUAAAAAAUAUUUUUAAAACGAAAAAUGUCGGAAUAUUUUGGUAAAAGACAAGCAGGAGAGACAUCUACGUCUUCUUGUAAGCGUAGUAGAGUAUCUAGUGAAAGCCUAACAACAACAGGGGAAGUGACACCUAAGGGAAAUGAUAGAGAGCAACCUGUUGCUGAUUUUGCAAAUUGUUUUGUAAACACCGAGACAACACGAAUUGAGUACUGUGGUAAAAUUACUUUACAACCUGAAGAACUUCUUCUGUACUGCUUAGUAAAGAUUUCGUCACCAGGUAGCAACAUUAAUUUGGCAAAGGGAUACACUCCAGAAAAAUAUUUAGGUAUUACACAAGCAGUUUACAAUGUAUAUGGUAUCCAUUUUGACUGUGUCAACAUGCAAAACUAUUUCUAUCGAUCCAUUAACAAUCUGAAAAAGGGUCUUGGAAAAUACAAUGGAUAUUUGAGAUGGAAAUUUUAUUCCAGUUACAUCGAAAGAAUUAUUUCAACACACCAAACACUCCUUUUGAACCUGCUCCUAAAUUCAGGAUUUAGCAACAUGCCUGGUAAUUUCGAUGACUUGCGCAGAGAUAUAGAAAGUGAAUGCCUGUCCAGUUUGGAGGAGGGUAAGCUGUCGCAAAGUCUUGCAUACAAGAUCAGUAAGGUCAGUGAUAACUGUGCAAAUAGGUUUCCAAAGUGGAAAGUUAUCCCAGAUGUUAAAGAAUCAAAAAUAAAUCUCUAUUAUAUGGGUAACAGUCCAUUAAAUGUACAGUAUCAAGUAAUUGUGUUAUCAGAUGGAAGUUAUUCCUUUGUUUUCAUGGGACAGCCCAAAAUAUUGAAUUUUGAUAACAGUAUUAUUCCACCAGCAGUUCAUGACAAGAAUCAGUUGUACUUACUCAUGAAAUCUCUUGAGAAAUUGCAAGUAUGUUCUGGUGUUUCGGUUGAAAACUACCAAGAUCUGUUACCUGAUAACGACAAUACCCCAGUGUAUAAGACAACUAGUGGAGACCCUGCUGCAUUUGUAGAAUCUGUGCCAGCACAUGAUUGCAAAAAAUGUGUAAGAUCCACAAAGUGUGACAUAUUAAUUCAAGGUGUUGCAUGUUGCAAAGCUUGUUUACAGACAAAUCACUACAUGAGGACACUUAAGUCAAGAAGCAACAACGUAAGUCAGAGUUCUAAGCAUACUCGAUAUGAUUAUAUGUCAAAAGAUAAGUUACUCGAGCAUAGCAGAGAAAUGGCAGACAAAAUUCAUGUGAUGCAGAUCAAAAUUAAAAGGCUUGAAGAAUACCAAAGAGAAAUGAGCACAGUAGGAAGUAAUACAGACUCAGAUUUUAGAAAGUUAUUUCAACAACUUUAUAAGGGACUGAAUAAAGUUGUUGAGAAACAUGAUAACAACACUUGUUAUUGGGAGGAUUGUAAUUUGGAAACUGAGUUUAAAUCGCCAGAGUUGCUACUUGGACAUAUAAAAAGUGUACAUAUCAAAACAGUCGAUGAUGUUGCACCAAUUAACAGGCAAUAUACUUGUGAGUGGCUAGGCUGCAACAAACAUUUUGGGAAAAAAAAACUUCUCCAUACCCAUGUUGCUGAACACACAGGAAAUGAGUCAGAUACCUUUUUCAUAACACUUUUGAAUGACCAAGCAAAGGCUUUAAAUAUGCCUUCAAAACAAAUGAGGUGGCAUCCUUUGAUAUUGAAAUGGUGCCUACGAAUGUACUGUAAAUCCCACAGCAUGUACACUGAGCUGCGAGAAUCUGGUUUUUUGAAACUUCCCAGUGGAAGAACUCUUUCCGAUUACAAGAACUUCUGUUCUUCAAAGUCUGGUUGGCAAACAUCUGUCUUAGAUGCCAUGAGAAAUAACUUUGUAGACAAGAAAAUUCCAGAAGCAGGAAAAUUUGGUGGUCUUUUUUUUGAUGAAGUCAAAAUUAAAGAAGGUUUACUCUUUGACCCAUCCUCUUGGGAAUUAAUCGGUUUCACUGAUUUAGAGAUUGAUGACAAAUCGUCCACAGUACAAGAGAGCCUUGCGACACAUGUGCUGCAAUUUUUCUAUAAGAGUUUGUUUGCUGGUUUUCAAUUUCCCUGUUCCUAUUUUCUAACAAGAGGAAUAUCAGCUCAAAACUUAAACAGAUUAUUUUGGAAAGGAGUUGGUUUGUUACAUGGUUAUGAUUUUAAAGUCAUUCUGACAUGUUGUGAUGGCGCUUCUGAGAACAGAACAUUCAUGGCAAUGAACGGUUGCAAUGAAACAACAAGCCAAACAAAGAACCCAUUUUCCAAACUCCCUUUGUUCUUCAUGUCUGACCCUCCCCAUUUAAUUAAGAAGCUUCGUAACAACAUAUACAACAGUGGCUAUAAAGAACAUUCUCCAAGAUAUACCAGAUGCUUAUUGCUGGAUUCUAAGAACAUUUUGUGGGAUCACAUCUAUUCUGUUUAUUUAAGAGACAAGCGGAGACAUUUAUUCUCGACAGAUCUAAGAAGUUCCCACGUUCAUCUUGACAGUUUAAGUAAGAUGCGGGUAAAGCUUGCUGUCCAAGCCCUAAAUUCGAAGGUGCGGAAAGACAUGGAAACAUGGGAAUCAGAUGAGACAAUAUCAACCCAGAAAUUCAUUUUUAACUGUGAAAAAUUAUGGGGUGUUUUUAAUGAUGACAAACCACUUUCAUCAAUAACUGAUUCUAGGAUUACAGAUUUAGAAAAUGUUCUCCAAUUUUUCAACAAUUGGAAAGAUGAACUUGCUUCCAAAUUUACGACUAAAUCUGAGAUAUCAUCACAUUUUAUCACUUGGCAAACAAUGUUUGAUUUACAGGUGAUUCUUGAAUUAGUUAUUUAUUGUAUGAAAUUGAACUAAUAUUACUGUCGUUCCAAUUGAAGUGUUCCUCAAAUAUUGAUUCAAUACAUUACCUCAAGCUGACCAAUUUGUUUCAUCAAGUUCCUCGAGAUAUUCAUACACUUCCUGUGAAAGAGCCAAUUCCAAGUAUUUGAUCAUUUCUGGUCACUUCCUUUCUAUUUAUGAUUGGUUAGUUGCACAAACAGCAAAGGUGAUUGGUGUUUUCAAACUAUUCAACAGGAAGUUUACAAUUAUACUAGGAAGUGUAUGAAUAUUUCGAGGAACUUGAUGAAAUGAAUUGGUCAGCCCGAGGUAAUGUAUUGAAUCGAUAUUUGAGGAACACUUCAAUUGGAACGACAGUAACAAUUAGAUUAUGAGCUCAACUAUCAUCUCUAUGAACUAUCAAAAUAUUACAAAACAACAUUUCAAAAAGUUUUCAAAAAAAUCUUGCCAAAGAUAUGGCUGUUAUCUAUUGAGUAAUAGAUUACAGCAAGUAUUAUGUACAUAAGUCCAUUCAGAAUACAGUAUUUGCAUUAGUAUUAUUUCACUAAAUAGUUUUAUUUAACUUUGCAGGUUUCAAUUAACGGCAUUAAAGAGCUGGUAAAAUUUAUUGAAAGUCCUGAAAUCCAAUCCCUCCAAGGAAGUCAUUAUGUGAUUCCAAAGCGACUAAGUCAAGAUCUAGUCGAAUCUUUUUUCUCAGUGCAAAGGCAGUCAUGUGGCGGUUCAAAUAACAUGACUGCAAUUGCGUAUGGAUAUAAUGUAAACAGUGCUAUCUCAUAUUCGGCAACCAAACUUUUAAGGAAGAAGCAAACAAAUGUAAUGGAAAAUGAUGAAAUAGAACUUAGUAUCGAGCAAGAGAGUAACACCAGUCUUCCAAGGAGAG